GCUAUUUUCGGUUUUGAGUCUUUCCCCCAUGGCCAUGGUGUACACUUUGUCCUCGUCACUUGUUGUUCGUAAACGCCAUCUCAUACGUAGUUUAUUUUCUCCAGUGCAGUGUUGUCUCACUCAUCGGAUGUUUGUGAACCAUCCCUGAGCUUACGUACAGUCUUCGCCUGGGGGCGACAAUUUCCCUUGUCCGGAUUUGAAAAUUCUCUGUAGAAAUAUUCUCAAGUGAUCAGAACUCACAGAAAUGGCUUUCAGUCAGGGCCAGGUGCUGGCCGUGGCAUUAGUAUUUAUCGGAUGUUGCACGAAUGUAGUGACACUGGAAGCUAUUAUAAAGCAAGACAAAGGAGCUGGCAACAUCGUAACUUUUGCUCAGUUUCUUGUAAUCGCUGUGGAGGGCAUUGUAAUUACUAGUCGCUUUUUCACCAGAAGCUCCGUCAUACCCUUGAAGUGGUAUGCGGCCAUGGUAGUGAUGUUCUUUACUGUCAGUCUUAUUAACAACUACACGCUUAAAAUGAACAUCAGUCUGCCACUACAUAUGAUCUUCAGGGCGAGCUCGCUGGUUGCUAACUUGAUCCUUGGUAUUCUUAUCCUCCGAAAACGGUAUACCAUGUCCAAGUACUUCUCAGUAUUGCUCAUCACACUAGGCAUCAGCACAUGCACCAUUGUGACAGGAAAAGCUAUGAAAUCAAGUAGCGACGCUAACGAUGAAAACUUCUCUACUUGGCUUAUUGGUAUUGGAAUGCUCAUCUUUGCUUUGUUCGUGUCCGCUCUGAUGGGAGUCUAUCAGGAGGUGCUGUAUAAGAAGUAUGGUAAACAACCCCGUGAAGCCAUGCUUUGGACGCAUCUGAUGCCCCUACCUGGAUUCUACAUACUGUACUCUGAUAUCAUGGAGCAUGCAGGAAUCUUCACUGCAUCUGAGCCGGUGGACUUCCUGUCAUUCAAUGUUCCGUCUCUCUGGCUGCUGCUAUUGGCUAACACCCUCACUCAAUACGUGUGCAUUCGCGGGGUGUUCUAUUUGACAACGGCUUGCCCAUCGCUAACGGUCACGCUCAUCAUCACGCUACGCAAGUUUGUCAGCUUGAUCUUCUCCAUCUUCUUCUUCGGCAAUGCGUUCACCGCCUACCACUGGGUCGGUACAGCUUGUGUAUUUGGUGGCACGCUGCUCUUCUCCGAAGUCCUACCUAUCGGCAGGUCACACUCCAAGAAGGAAUAGUUGACAUCACAUCCAUGCAGGGAGUUGAAUAAAGUCAAUAAACCCUGGGUUUGUGCGACUCUAUGUCUCCAAGCUAGCUGUCAGCACUUCUCAUGCUUCCUUCCACAGAAUAUAAAUUGUGUACUCACUCCUCAUGAUAUUAGGGUUUCUUGUCAAACUAGUGGACGUUGACUUCUCCAGACUAUAUCUAUUUUUUAUUCAAGUGUAGUCCAUGAACUCACUAUUUAUGGUCAUCCGUAUUCACUCGCUGUUGUUUGAGGACAGGGACUAUCAUUUGAUUAGCACUUUCCGAGUUUGAAUCUUGAUUCGUAAUGCUUUUCAUUGACGUACUGUGCCAAGGUUUUCAACUUAUCAUAUCGUGGCCAAUUAGCUGCACAUGAUGAUGAUGUCCAGUGUUCAUUUGUUGGCCUCACCACAUACAAUUGAAAAUCUUAGUUUCCUUCGCCACAGUCACGGAUACUCCAAGCAAGUAUUCAUGGUAUCGCUUUCGAAGUACAAUCAUUGUUUGCCCUACUGUAA